UGCUGUUAAUCAUGAAGUUCUACUCUCUGGUAAGCAGUAGUGCAAGUCUAGCCCUAUAUGGAAGCCUUUUUUUACAAACCCUUUUCUCUUUUACCAAACUCCAUAUCUUAACAUCUGCAAUUUUCGUUCUAAUCCUCACUAAACUACUAUACAAGUACUUAUCGAGAAGGAAUCAAGUUUAUCUCAUAGACUUCGCUUGUUACCAGCCACCGUCUUAUUUACGUGCAUCUGUUGCUUCCAACGUUGAACACAUUGCACAAAAUGAAACCAUGGAUGACAAAAGCAGGGAAUUCGCAUCGAAAUUAUUUCUCCGGUCAUGUGUAGGAAGCAGUUCUUGUUUUCCUAGUGUGUUGCACUACAUUGUCCCUGAACCGACCUUACAAGCUUCUCGUGAAGAGGUGGAAGACAUUCUUUUUACUUUAGUCGAAGAUCUGUUCCGUAAAACCAACAUUAGGAACCCAAAAGACAUUGACAUCCUCAUUGUGAAUUGUAGUUUGUUUUGCCCAACCCCUUCCAUUUCCUCCAUGAUCAUUAAUAAAUUCCAGUUUCGAAGCAAUAUCAGUGGUUAUAACCUCUCUGGAAUGGGUUGCAGUGCCGGGCUUGUCUCUGUUAGUUUAGCCAAAGACCUUCUGAAAGUCCAUAAAAACUCGUUAGCUCUCAUUCUGUCGUUGGAAUCUAUAUCUAAUAAUUCAUAUUUGGGGAAAAACAGAUCAAUGCUUUUGACAAACAGUCUAUUCCGAAUGGGAGGGGCUGCAGUUCUCUUAUCCAACAGGCACCAAGAUCGAAAAUUCGCAAAGUAUUCACUCCAGCAUAUCAUCCGGACGACAAUGGCCUAUGACGAUCAGUCGUACCAGUCGGUAUUUCAAGAACCAGAUGAAGAUGGAGUCAUUGGUGUCUCAUUGGCGAGGGAAAUCACAAGCGUAGCAGGAAAAGCGUUGACAACUAACAUCACUAGAUUGGGUCCUCUUGUGUUACCUUAUUCUGAACAACUCAAAUUCGGGUUAGCAUACAUAUGGCAUAAAAUUUGGCCUCCAGCAAAACGGAACAAAAAAAUCUAUGUGCCUAAAUUUAAAAAGGCUUUUAAACAUUUUUGUAUACAUGCUGGAGGACGAGCAGUGAUUGAUGUUGUCCAGAAGAGCCUUUGCUUAACGAAGGAAGACAGUGAAGCAUCGAGGAUGACAUUGUUUAGAUAUGGAAAUACUUCGUCUUCAUCAGUAUGGUACGGGCUGUGUUAUAUUGAAGCUAAAGGAAGGAUGAAGACAGGAGAUAGCGUUUGGCAAAUUGCAUUUGGCAGCGGAUUUAAAUGUAACAGUGCUGUAUGGAAAUGUAUCUCAGAGAUUAAUCCAACUGUUGGAAGUGCGUGGUCUGAUCGAAUUCAUAAGUACCCUGUGGAGGUGCCUGAAGUAUUCGACUGUUAG